AUAAUUUAAACAUUGAUUCAUGUAUUCAGCACGUUUCGAUAUUCUGAAUUGUCGUCUACAUUAUACGUGGCAUUUAUCAUCUCUGCACGUGCAAUUCAAUUUGCCUAUAAUUGCAUAAAAUCUGCAAUCCAGUUACUGCCGCACGAUUCGUUCUACGAUGCACCAUCAGAUUUUCUUGAUAAACGAUAAAUGUUCCUGUACUUACUUCCUUUCUCUGGAACCUCGCGUUACACUUUUCCCGUGCUCGUGUUUCCCCGGACAAUCGGGCCUCGGCGAACCACAUGCGGAUUUCGUAAUCGCGCAAUUUGCAACGACGCGUGACGAGAACACGGGUUCGCUUAACGAUCGAACAACGUUUCUUUCCUGUUGCAGAACGCCCGUGUAAAUGAUCCCAUGGUCUGUCACGAUGCGGUCGACGCUAACGCUGAUUUGUGUCCUGGCGAUGGGACUCGUCACCUGCAUCGGUGCGAUCACCGUCUCGAUAGAACGUUCUGAUAAUAAACCCUCACCGACGCGAUCGUCGAUGAUCGCAAACGGGUGGCGGCCACUGACCAACGGUUACGAAGAACAAUCCAUCGGCACGAACGUCUCCCCUUCGAGCAAUCUAGAGCAACGCAACGGUCCGAUUCUCCACCCGGUGCACAGUAAACUUCAAGAGCACAUGGCGUCGGAGAAAUUAAAGCCACAACGAAAGGGUAAACCGAGCUCGCACCACGACUACAACCCACCCGCAAUAUUAGGCAGUUUCACGAUGUUGAGUCACGCGGCCGCGAAGGCACGUGGCGAGGCACAGAACCACGCGAACAAACAUUCGCUCCCGUCCGAGACGCGCGAGUACACGUUCCUGAUACCACCGCCGAAGGAUGCUUAUCGUUUCGACUUGGACCAGCACAGGAAGCCGAUUCUAAGAGACAACGGAGGCUACUUGAGGCAACCACAAUUCGCACCUAUGCACCAGCAACCUGAUCCGAUAAAGGCAGCCACGUACUUCAUCAACGGUUACACCUCGACUACAAAUCCUCCGUCCUCACAAGCGACCUCGAAGAACAGACAUUAUGCAGAACCAUACGUUCCCCAAUUACUGCAACCGCCCAGGUAUCAAGUGAAGCCUUUCGAAUCCCUAAAGGUCUCCAGCAAAGGCAACGACUUUGGAAAGGACAAACGACUGACCGAUUACGAUCACAGACAGAAUUACGAGAAACAUCCAGGACAGCACAAUGAUCAUGUUUUGAAUCAAGCUGGCUCUGGCAAUUUCUUCGGUCAACCUAGCCAUCAAUCGUAUUCCUACAAAACGUCUUACGAAAGGGAUCCUGCGUUCUUAGUGCACGAGAGCCACGAGAUCGGGUACAUCACGCCUCCUUCUGUGUACAAUCCUUUCAACUUCAGGCCCUCGUUGCCGUACGAGACUCUCCUACCCCCGGACGUGUACACCUCGUCCACUCCAGCCCCUACUACUCCUCGUUCUCAAGAACAGAAUAAGUACCAGUCGUCCGGGGAGACUGUGCACGAUUACAGAAGACCUAAUCAGGACAGCUCGGUGAAACAGGUAGAAACUUUGUCCACGCCAAUCAGUAAUACGUAUUACGUGUCGGAGCACCAAGACUUGACCCCGCCACCGUCGGCAUGGCCGAUCACCAAGAAUAAAUAUCCUUCGGACAUUAAUGAAGUGCUACCUCGGGUGAACCCACCGUCGAAGUUCAAUCAAGAACCGGUCGUGUCGAAUCAGAUCGUGUCGCAAGUCCCUAAAGUAGUCUACGUUGGGCCUCAGGCCCAACCGCCGCAGUUCCCGAGCUCUAUUUUACCGAUUGAUGUCAGACCUGAAGACGGCGAGCCUGAAUACGAAACUCCGGAGAGUAUAUCUUUGAAACAUUUCAACGAACAACAGUAUCUGAUCCAGCAACAGUUGCUGCAGAAGGACAGACAGAGGCUGGCGGAGCACGAGAGACGGCAGCAUCUGGAGAUCGAGAAACGGCAGCAAGAGGAACUGCGGAAGAGACAGGAGGAGUUGAACAAGCGGCAGGAACAGCUGAACAAGUUGAUCGAACAGCAGAAGAGCGAGGAGGAGGAGGACAGACUGGCCGUGGAGUCGGCGAAGAAUCAGUCGGAACAAUUGGCCAAAGUCACGGACGAACAAUCGUUCCACGGGGUUCAGCUGGCUGAAUACGAGCCGCCGAAGGUUACCGCGGUGAUCACGGAGCAGAGCGGGUUUGGCGAGCAGCCAAUGGUUCAACAGCCUCAGGUAGUAACCCAAGCGGAGUACGCGAUCUCUACGAGCCCGACUAGCCAUAGUGAGGAUCAGUCAAAGAAUCAGCAAGAGCAGCUCAAUUACCGAGAGCAGCCAGUAGAUUUACGUCCUCAGAGGCCGUACAAGCCUGGCCGCGAUCAAUAUAGAAGACGGAAACCGACCACCAGCAGCUACGAGCCGACGCCGACGGAAGCACCGAUACAGCUUCCAGAAACAUCACUUCCAAUAACGUUACACGCGGAAGAAGUGUCGCUUCAAACUACUACACAGGAAACCGCGACGCUGGCAACGAUCAGUACGCAAAAGGCGAGAACACGAAGACCGGGUGCCCCGUUACGUAGACGAAGACCGACGACAACCACGGCUGAGCCGGAGUCGGCCACUGUCCCUGACUUCCUGAAGUACGACAAACCGGAAGAACCGCAGAUCGACGCUCCAAAGAGGAGACGCAUAAAACCGACGCAGACAUACGACGAAGUAGUGACCGAGAAAAAAGCUAACAUACGAAAGCGACCAGGUCACCGGAACAGAGUGAACCCCGGCGAACCCUUCGAAGCUGAAAUCGUCACCGAGAUCGUUCACACUCCCGUGAACACUUACAGAACUCCCACAGAGUCUAUCCAACAGUACAACAACGAAUAUCAACAGUUCGCAACGAGCCAGCCUAAUCAGUUCGAGUAUAAUUCAGAGAGGACCGGAAACGAGGAAGACAGUACGCAGUCCGUUCCUAUAGAAUAUUAUACCGAACUGACGAGGACGAGACCCUCGGAGCAGCCAACUGGCGAGAGCUACGACACUCAAGGUUCUGUAGCCACUAACAUUCCCCUGGAGGAUUUGUUUGCUAAGACCGACGGCAAUUACUUAGACAGGACGUCUUCUUCUUCGACCGCGAGCACCGAAGGUGAUUCGAGUCCCGUGACGACCGUCGCGACGACCACGCAGUCGACCACGCAGGCUACUCUCAGCUCGUCUACAAGCAGAUCCCAGAAGAUCCGACCAAUCAGGUACGGGAACGCUACCAGGCCGCGGUUUAGCAUCAAGGACUACAAGAGUCGGUUGGACUACAAGAGUAGAUUAUCUCAGAUCUCGACGACGGAGGCGUCGGGCGCUCCAGUGACGAAACAGAGAGGCUCCGGUACAAAGAACCAACAGCUUCAAAAUGGUGAAGCGAGGGAGACUACCGGUAGAUAUAAAUACGUAUCGAGGAUAAAUUACAGGACGUCGACUACGAGUCCUUUGACGCCUAAGGAUCAGGAACUUGUGGGCGAAGAUGGCAGCUAUUCUACCACCGAGAGGAGUCGUUUUGUACCCAAGAGGAGACCCAUCAACGGGAACGUGUACAGGAGCAGGAUAACCGCGACGACUGGUAGUCCUGGUCGGUCUCAGAGUAAUUAUGACAACGAUAAACCGAGCACUGCCAGGCCUGAGAACGUCUUCUCUUCGUCGGUGAGACGACGGCCUGUGAUGAAGAGCAGAUUACCCGUGCAAAGCUCGACCGUCGUCUACCCCGAGAGAAAGGAAACAGAGGCGACUGAAAUGGCUGCGGAGGAAACCAGUUUCUAUUCGUCGGUCACGACAACGGGCACGACCAAAGUCGUUGCUAACGAGAUUCCUGUUGAAAGGGAGGAAGCGUCUACCAGUAGUAGUGGUUCUGUCAAGUCUGACGAGAGCGAGAACGGAACGAGUUUUCACGGUGAAACUGGACAGCAACCGGUCGCCAGCACGUCUAAGAACGAGGACGAGAGCCAGCUGAGGGAAGGAAUCACGGAACAGUAUUCCACAGUGAACACUGAGGAAACGACGUUACGCGGCGAGGAGAAACAAGAAACUGGGACCACGUUCGAGAUUAGGUCCGAGGACGAGGAAUUGUUCGCGAAAGCUUCGCAGAGCGUCGCGGAUCUUACCAGUUCUGCUUCGGCGCUGUACGAUAAGCCGGGGAUGUUUAAGGCCGUCUCGCCGGAGAGUCGAGUAGUCGCGUCGCACUUUAAAAUACCUACCGACGAGCCCACUCUGCCUAUCGAAGCUUUCUUCCAGGAACUGUCGAAGAAAAGUUAAAAAAAAAAAAUGAUCGAAAAUCGUCGAGUCGAUUGGAAGAAUUCAAGAGAUUUCUGCUGUGAAGAUGAGGCGAUGGAACUUCAUUUGUUUAAACAGAAUAUUAAAUAGUUUGUAUUUCAGAUCAACAAACGGAGUUCCCUCGUGUGUCGAAGUCAUUAUUUUCGUUAUUUCAGAUUACGUAAUAUGAAAUAAUGAUAAAAUCGAUGGUUAAAAUAAAUCAAGAGAAUCUAUUCUUGCAGCUCUUUGUAAACGUCUGAAUAGGAGAAUUCUUAUUCUACUUCAACCCUAUUCACUAUUCUCGCGUUCUCCAGCCAGCACCAUUCACCCUUUCAUGUAAACGCACGGUGCUCCGGCAAUCGUGAUGAUCUAUCGUUAGAUUCGUAUUCUUGUAAAAGAAGAACAUACCAAAUGCUCGAUUAGAUUUAAUGAAAAUUCUCCUCAUCCCUAUUCUAUUUAACUAAAUUAUUUAUUGAACAUUUCUAACGUUCGAUUGCGCGAAGCAUCUCGUUUCUAUCGUCAGUCCUGCGAGCUGUCUCGAAAAAUUAACAUAUUAACACUAGAUUGCCCAAAGAAGUCAUUUUGAUUGCUUUUGGACAAAUGUACAAAUAAUAAU